UUCGUUUGAAGUACGGACCGCUUAGUGUUACAUCAUUAUCUGUCCGUCAAGUAAAGUUUCUACAGUGAACAAGCUUAGGAAUUUCUAUAAAUUCGUGUUUUUUGUUUUUGUUUUUUUGCAGCCUGUACUGUGAAUAUUAUUGAUGGACUGCGUAGAGCAGAAAGACUCAGAAGCAAAGGCCCCGUCAGUUGUCGACCGAUAUUACACACGAUGGUACAGAGCAGAUAUGAAGGGGAAACCGUGUGAGGACCACUGCAUCCUUCAGCAUUCAAACAGAAUAUGUGUUGUCACUUUAGCAGAAACUCACCCGAUCCUUCAGAAUGGGCGGACAAUCAAAGGCAUCAAUUACCAGAUCAGUAAUGGCUGCAGUCGGCUCAAUAAUAAAGUGUCUGGGAAGUCCAAGCGGGGGGGUCAGUUCCUUACUGAUUUUGCACCUCUGUGUAGGAUAACCUGCUCAGAUGAAACAGAAUACACAAUCUACAGCUGCAUUCGGGGGCGUCUACUUGAGGUCAAUGAGAAUAUUUUAGAAACUCCUACUCUGUUGCUGGAAAAGCCGUCCACUGAGGGAUACAUCGCUGUCAUCCUGCCAAAGUUUGAGGAGAGCAAGAGCAUAACAGAGAAUCUCCUGAGCAGAGAAGAAUUUGAGAGCGUUGUUUCCAAACGUACUGUUGCCCAGGCACACCCCACUUGACGGAGCUCCACGUCCUUAUCAGAACUGUUCUGGGAGAGCUUCUUUUCCUUCCAUUCACCCCAGGUUGGAUGAAGAUUAAGAACAGUAUCUUGGAAAGUGACAUUAACCCUUCAAAGACACUGUUGCAUCUAUUGCAAGCACUGCACUGUGCCUCUAGAUCUUUCUACAUUGUUUUUCGCCAUUUCAGAAAUUGAAGAAGGUCAUGGAAUAUUUGAGUUGUUGAUUUGUUGUUUUGUUGUUUUUUUCUAAUUUGAAAAAUGAAGUAGACUUCAGGUAACUUGUUCCUGUGUUUGUUAAAUACUACUCAACUAAUAUUCAAUUUCAGUUAUUUUUCUAGAAUAUCAAUAAAGACAGACAGUUAUUUAA